GCAGCUUACGAGCAUCCAAUAGCAGUAGCAGAGACAAAGCGCACACACACACACAAUCGUGCCAAUGGCCGACACGGCCGACGCCCCGCUCCUGACAAGCCACGGGCAGGCCAAGCAGCUGGCCAAGGCGCCGUCCAUCGACGACACCAUCGAGACGUACAUCGGCGCGACCGGUUCCAUGCAGCUGCUCAAGGCCGUCCUGCUGGCAUUCGCGUGGGCCUUCGACGCGCAGCAGGUGUUCAUCUCCGUGUUCACGGACGCGGAGCCGCAGUGGCACUGCACGGGCGCCUCGGCGUCCUGCAAGCCGGCCGCACCCCCGGCCUCGCCGUGCGCGCUCCCCUCCGGCGCGUGGGCGUGGGACCGGCCGGCCCACACGACGGUGGUCUCCGAGUGGGCGCUCAAGUGCGCCGGCCCGGCGCCGGCGCUCGUCUCGCUCCCGGCGUCGUCCUUCUUCGCCGGCUGCCUGGCGGGCGGGUUCCUGCUCACCACGCUCGCGGACUCGCUCCUCGGGCGCAGGAAGAUGCUGCUCACGUCCCUGGUGUCCAUGUCCGUCGCCGGCGUGCUCACCGCGUUCGCGCCCAACGUGUGGGCGUACGCCGCGCUGCGGUUCGUGUGCGGGUUCGGCCGGUCCAUGGUGGGCACGUGCACGCUGGUCCUGUCCACGGAGCUCGUCGGGAAGAGGUGGCGCGAGACGGUGAGCAUGGCCGGCUUCAUCUUCUUCACCGUCGGCUUCCUGUCCCUCCCGGCGCUCGGCUACACGUUACGCGAGGCGUCGUGGCGGAGCAUGUACCUCUGGACGUCCGUGCCUUCGCUCUGCUACUCCGUCCUGCUCUACUUCCUCGCCCAGGAGUCGCCGCGGUGGCUGCUGGUGCGCGGCAGGAAGCAGGACGCCAUGGAGACGCUGCGGCAGAUCGCCUCGCUCAAUGGCAACAGCAUCACGUCCAGCUUCUCCAUGCUGCACGCGUGCAACAUGCAGGAGGACGACGGGGCCGCCGGCGGAGCCGCCGGCGUGUUCUCCACGAUGCGGGCGAUGUGGGAGCGGCCGUGGGCGCUGCGGAGGCUGGCGGCGAUCAUGACCGCCAGCUUCGGCGUCGGCAUGGUCUACUACGGCAUGCCGCUCAACGUCGGCAGCCUGGGAACCAACCUGUACCUGAGCGUCACGUACAACGCUUUAGCCGAGCUGCCGUCGGCCAUCCUGUCGUUGAUCUUCAUCGGCAGGGUCAACCGGCGGAGCUCUGUCGUCGCGCUUACUGUGGCGGCAGGUGCCUUCAGUCUCGCGUGCGUCGUCAUCCCAGAGGGCUCGGCGGCGCGAAUGGCGGCCGAGUUGCUCUCCUUCUUCUCGACCAUCACGGCGUUCAACCUCAUCCUGAUCUACUCCAUCGAGCUGUUCCCGACGUCCGUGCGCAACUCUGCGGUGGGGCUGGUGCGGCAGGCGCUGGUGCUGGGCGGCGUGGUGGCACCUGUGCUCGUCGCGCUCGGCCGCGAACGGAGCUUCUGGUCCUUCGGCGUGUUCGGGCUCUGCAUCGGAUGUUUGGGGCUCUUUGCCGCCUGCCUCCCCGAGACGAGGGGGCGGAGCAUGUCGGACACCAUGGAGGAGGAGGAGCACAAGGAGGCCGCCGCCGCGGCUUGCACCGGCGCAACCGACAUUGCCACGAAGGAUGAUACCGACCUGCUCGUGUAGCGGUGAGAUGCUGGUUCGGCGGCGCUGCUAGAUAUGCCUAGGCUAGGCGCUGUACAGGUACAGCUAGCAGGUCAAUCACGAAGCUGUCAGCCUCCAUCUAUCCGGUCUUGUACCGCUGCCGCCAAGUUGAUGCAUAUAAUUCAGAACCAGCUGUGGAGUCCGACUGUCCGAGUGUCUGCAUAUAGUUCAAAGUCUAGGGCCACAUUCACUGAAGCAGAUCUCGAUGCAUAUCGGCGAACAUUAACUGCUGAAGUGCUGAAGCACAUGUACAUUGACGAAGCAAUACGCCAAUACGGAAGUGUCGUUGGCGGCAAAAAAACAAAAAAACAGACAGUACAAAACAUGACUUAAUUUUU